AUGGGGAAAGAGAUGUUGGAGAGCGUGAAGGACGAUGGGGGGCUUGAGGAGCUUGAGAUGUUGCUGAAUGAGAUCCCUCAGGCAACAUCAAACAAUCUUUACCAUGGGAAAUCACAUGAUGUUUAUCAUGGUGAUGAUCAUCAUCGUCAUGGUUCUGUUGUGUCUAAUGGAAAGUGUGGUGUGUGUGAUGAUGAUCUAUUCAGUCAGAUUCAGUAUCCAUGUGUCUCAACUCCUGUGAGUGGUUUUUCUCUGCAAUCUGAUGGCUCUUCCUCAAGCUUGUUCUCGUCUGUCCAUGCUUUGUCUGACACUGGAUCACCAACGCCUCCUCCAUUGGAGGAUCUUAAAUCCACCAUUCCUUCCGGAGGUUCUUCUUCUUACCCUAAUAACCGUUUCGUCACACCUGAUUCAACUGUUUUCAAUAAUGCCAGUGGAGGUUUUGUUGAUGAAUUUGGCCUGUGUGCCAAUUUGAGCCAAAUGUACAUCAGCAAUCAACAAGAGAGGCCUUGUUAUUCCUCAAUGGCCAUGAAUAGGCAAUUAUUUCCUGAAUGUCCCUUCAGUGGAAAUGGUCCAAGCAAUGUUCACCCACAUGGGGGGCAUUACAGUUUCAGGAGAGGUUCUUUGGAUUGUGUUGGGGUUCAAUCCCCUAAUCCCUGGAGGAGUCCUGUAAGUUAUGACGGUGAAAUGAAUUUGGCGAUGUCCGGGUUGACCCGGAACUAUGGAAUGCCUAAUUUAUUUGGAUCAAGAUACUGUGCCGAAAGGACUGAGACAAUGCUUUCUCAAUUUAAUGACUUUAGUUGUUCAAUGGAGCCUCCAUAUCAUCAUCAUACAAGGCAGCCGAUGAAUAACUACUAUUGUGGAGGAAGUGGAAGCCAGCCACGGGAGUACAGUUCUUCUUUGAGCAGAAAUCCAGUUGUUGAUGCUUUACUUUAUGCACAAAAAAAUGGAAUAAAUUUAGCUGAAGAAGCAGGCAUGUCAAGAUUGCCUAGCUCUCCCCGCAGUCAUAAUUUAAGGCCUUAUUUGGCUGUUCAGGAUUUACUGCAGUAUAGCCAUUCUCUGCCUAAUAAUGCAAGACCUGUGCCUCUUACAAAUGCUAGAAUUCCUCAAGGAAAUAUAGAUGCGAUUGCAAGUGAGGGGAGCUUCAUCAUACAAGGUGAAGGUGUAAAUUAUGUUGCUGGCAGAGAUUACAAUCGUUCUAUGUAUCAUAGUAAGUCGGCAGUACGACACACUGGCUUUGCUAGUCAUUAUAAGAGAUCAGAGCUAGACAUGCCUUACCAGGUUGUAGGAAAUUUUGACAAUCCUAGGGGUGCCAGGAUAGGUUGCUCCUUUCCUUUGGUGCCCAAAUACAACUCGCUAGCUGAAGCUCAAGGGUAUAUAUAUUUAAUGGCUAAGGAUCAGCAUGGCUGUAGGUUCUUGCAAAAGAUGUUUGAUGAGGGUACACCAGAAGAUGUUCAAGUGAUAUUUAACGAGAUCAUUGAUCAUGUAGUGGAACUUAUGGUGAAUCCUUUUGGAAAUUACCUUAUGCAGAAGUUAUUGGAUGUAUGCAAUGAAGAGCAGAGGAUGCAAAUUCUACUAAUCCUUACUGAAGAACCUGGCCAGCUUGUCAGAAUCUCUUUAAACACUCAUGGCACUCGUGUUGUACAGAAGCUAAUUGAGUCUCUCAGGACUAGGCAGCAAAUUUCAUUAGCUGUUUCAGCUCUUGAACCAGGAUUCUUGGCUCUCAUAAAAGAUCUGAAUGGAAACCAUGUGGUUCAGCGCUGUUUGCUGUGUUUGAGCAAUGAAGAUAACAAGUUUAUAUUUGUUGCUGCUGCAAAGUAUUGUGUUGACAUUGCAACUCACCAGCAUGGAUGUUGUGUUCUGCAAAGAUGCAUUGGCCAUUCAAGUGGGGAGUAUCGUGAAAAACUGAUUGGAGAAAUAUGUGCUAAUGCACUUCUGCUAGCUCAAGAUCAAUACGGAAAUUAUGUUGUCCAAUUUAUCUUGGAUUUGAAGAUUCCAUCUGCCACCUCAUGUAUAAGGGCGCAAUUUGAAGGCAACUAUGUGCACCUGUCAAGGCAGAAGUUUGGUAGUCACGUGGUUGAAAAAUGUCUUUCUGUUUUGAAUGAUGAAAAUCGAUCCAGAGUCAUUCUGGAGCUGCUGUCCACGCCUCACUUUGAACACUUGCUUCAAGACCCACAUGCAAACUAUGUUGUUCAAUCAGCUCUUCGAUAUUCUGAGGGUCGUGUGCACAAUGUACUAGUUGAAGCAAUUGAGUCCCACAAAGCCAUUUCUCGAAACAGCCCAUAUUCCAAGAAGAUUUUCUCGCAGAAGUUUUUGAAGAAAUGA